AUGGCACCUCAUAAGGUUUUACUGCGCGGACGUACAUUCGCAACUGCACACAUCAGCAAGCAUCACCAGUACAGACAGAUUCGCCUUCAUUCGAGCUCGGUUUCUUCCGUCAAUCCAUCCGAGAUUUCACACUUCAACAAGCUAGCUUCAACCUGGUGGGACCCUCAUGGACCUUCGCGCCUUCUGCAUCAGAUGAAUCCUCUGCGCCAUGACUUCAUAGGUUCCUGUUUCGCCUCUUUCCCAGGCUCGUCCCAGCAGAAGAGCUACCUCGACAUCGGUUGUGGAGGUGGUAUAUUUGCCGAAAGUGCUGCCCGCUUACCAUGGACGAAAAGUGUACUAGCAAUUGAUCCCAGCAAAGAGGUUAUCGACGUUGCGAAACUGCAUGCAAGGAAUGAUCCAUUACUUAUGCAGCCUGGGAGACUGCAGUAUGAUAAUCGCUCGAUCGAGGGAAUACCGCAACCUGCAACUCCCGAGCAGCAGCAUGAUGUGGUGUCAUUGUUUGAAGUUCUUGAACAUGUUACGUACCCCUCGGCAUUCCUCACGUCGUGUCUACCAUUCGUUAAGCCUGGAGGCUGGUUGAUACUUAGUACUAUUGCUAGGACGUGGACGAGUUGGUUCACAACCAAAUUCAUCGCAGAGGAUGUUGUGAGAAUGGUGCCGCGAGGUACUCAUGAUUGGAAGAACUAUGUCAAUGCAGAUGAGCUGCAAGAGUGGAUUUUAGAGAAGAAAGGGUGGGGCGCUGGCGGAGGACUGAAGGUUAUGGGCGUGGUGUACGUUCCCGGGUUUGGCUGGAAAGCUGUUCCAGCAGGAGAGCAAUGGGGCAAUUAUUUUCUAGGUAUCCGACGCGAUAUUUAG